AUCACCUGUAUCAUUAAUUAGCACAGCACAAUUAAUAUGUCAUUAAGUGAAGAUGAUCCAUUGGGACCACCCAAGAAUACUCAGAACUUGGAUUUAUCCAAGCUAACACCACAAGAGUUAAAAAUAUACAAAAUGUAUGGGAAAUUACCUACAAAGCAACAAAUUUUAUCAGGUCGAUUCCAAGAUAAGAAAUACUUUGAUAGUGGAGACUACGCCAUGCAGAAGCAAUUGGGCGGCGGUUUCAGAAGUGGUAUGCCUGGUGGUAUGCCCAUGAGACACCCCAAUGCUGAACGAAUGAGGGAGAUGUCAGUGAGGAAUUCCAUUAGUUCAACCAAUGCCCAGAUAUUUGCCAACGGGAAGUCGGGACUUUUGAAUGAUGCUACUCCUGAUAAAGCAGAGGAAGAGUCAGAUGCUUCUACCGAGAAGAAGUAAAUGUGUGUAUUUAGUAAUGCAUACCAUGAUGAAAUUGGAGAUGUGCCACAUCUCAAGGAUACACAGCACUACAGAUUUUGUGAAACCGGUUAAGAAUAUUAGGCAAUUGCCUUUGCCUGGUUACUAUAUAUAUAGAUGAUGCUUUGUGUUUCCAACAGGUAUUAAUUUCUCUUUGUUUAGUUCAAUUUAAUAUAAUUAUAAUG